GCUAUUUAUGAAGUUAUUUUGUCAAGCAUUUUUCAAAAGCUUGGAAGCCCUCUAUGUAUAGGGUCGAGUCUUGCUUCAUGAUUGGCCGACAAAGGCUUAGUGUGAAAGAAAAGUGAGCGCCGCCGCAUCGGAGAAAGGCUCAGAAAGCCAAUAAUGGAGUUGAUCGCCGCCAAAACUCACUCACCCUCCUAUGCUCUCCUCUGCAGACCUCCUAUUUCAAACAGACCGCCCCCGCUGCACUCACCUAAAUUACGAGUCUCAUUCAAGCUCAAGAACCUUCAAUUUCAAUCUCAUUUCCGGAAGCCCAUCUUCGUAGUCCCUCCCCCGCGCCACCCCGGAUUGAGACCCAUUCUCUGCAGCGAUUCGUCUAAUGCGCUAGGUGCAGAGAAGAAGAGUUGGAUCGAAGCCGCGGGGGAGGCGGUGUCGACCGCAUUUCCGGUGUGGGUGGCGCUGGGGUGCUUGGUGGGGCUGCUGCGGCCGACCUCCUUCAAUUGGGUGCAGCCAAAAUGGACUGUCAUGGGCAUCACCCUCACCAUGCUGGGAAUGGGCAUGACUCUCACCUUUGAUGAUCUCCGCGGCGCCCUCGCUAUGCCCAAGCAAUUGUUGGCUGGAUUCUUCUUGCAGUAUUCGGUAAUGCCAUUAUCUGGAUAUUUUGUGAGCAGGCUCUUAAAUUUGCCAUCCUAUUAUGCGGCAGGCUUGAUAUUGGUGGGAUGCUGCCCUGGAGGGACAGCCAGUAAUAUCGUUACAUACAUUGCACGUGGAAAUGUGGCUCUUUCUGUGUUGAUGACAGCUGCAAGUACCCUUUCUGCUGUGGUUAUGACCCCUUUUCUCACAGCUAAACUCGCAGGCCAAUAUGUGGCCGUAGAUGCAGCAGGUCUAUUCAUGUCAACUUUGCAGGUUGUGCUUCUCCCAGUUUUGGCCGGUGCGUUUCUCAAUCAAUACUUCCAGGGCCUUGUUAAGAUUGUCAGCCCUGUGAUGCCGCCUAUCGCUGUAGCAACUGUUGCGAUCCUUUGUGGAAAUGCAAUUGCUCAGAGUUCUUCCGCAAUCCUCAUGUCUGGUCAACAAGUGGUUCUCGCUGUCGCCCUUCUUCACACUUCGGGGUUCUUCUUCGGUUAUGUACUUUCAAGAAUGUUGGGGAUUGACAUAUCCUCUUCAAGAACAAUUUCCAUCGAGGUUGGAAUGCAGAACUCGGUACUUGGAGUGGUCCUUGCGACUCAACACUUUGGGGAUCCGUUGACUGCAGUGCCAUGCGCAGUUUCUAGCGUGUGUCAUUCGAUCUUUGGUAGUGCAUUGGCUGGAAUAUGGAGACGAGACAUCCCCAAAAAAGCUCAAGAUGUGUAGCAAGGCAAAUCUCUCAUCUCUGAGUUUAGGCAGCAUAAUAUAAUAUCCAACAUCUGGUAGCUUCAUAUUGUUUUAUCAGGUUUGCAAAGAAGCAGUAGCACUUAUAAUUCCAAAAAAUCGAACAGUUGAAAAGUUUGGUUUGAGGUCUAUUUGGUGUGUAGUUUCAAGUAGGAGGUGCACAUAAAAACUAGUUCCCAUUUAUGAGAACUCGAUGUGUGCAAUACCAGCAAACCAUCAAAUAGGGUGAAUAACACUUGGAAAACCUAUUUAUUAUGCAAUGCUGCUUUUAACUA